AUGAACACUGUCGAUGCCUCCGAGCAUUACGAGCUAGGCGCCACCGACCUUUCUCCCUCUCUCCUCACAAUCGUCAUUGACACAAACCCACACGCCUGGGACAUCCUCGAAGACUCUCUCCCACUCUCCAAGGCGAUAGCCAACAUCUUGGUCUUCAUCAACGCCCACCUAGCUUGCAACUACGCCAACGAAAUUGCCGUUGUUGCCUCUCACACCCAAAAAGCAGCAUGGCUCUACCCAUCUCAAACCCCACCCGCCUCGACAGAUCAGGACGGCGACGUCUCAAUGAGCACAGAGACAACCCCCCAACCAAAUAAAUACCGACCCUUCCGCAUAGUCGAAGACCAAGUCACACGCAAUCUCAAGGAGCUCAUGGACUCAACGACCGCCACCCACCUCCACGGCAACACAUCCACCAUGCUAGCCGGGGCUCUUACUCUCGCUCUCAGCCACAUCAACCGCCGAACAAUUGCCUGGGCCGAAGAGCACGGUGGCGCAAACCCAGAUGACACAGCUGCCGAAGGCACCGCCCCAUCAAAUCGCUAUUCCGCCUCUAACGAAGAUGAGAAACUCCAGAGUCGCAUUCUAAUCGUCUCUGUCAGCGGAUCCAGUGAUUCAGCCCACCAAUAUAUACCCGUGAUGAAUAGUAUUUUUGCGUGCCAGCGCCUGCACAUUCCAAUCGAUGUGUGCAAACUCAGUGGUGAUGCCGUGUUCUUACAGCAGGCCUCCGAUGCCACAAAGGGUAUUUACAUGUCACUGACAGAGCCACGCGGGUUGCUGCAGUACUUGAUGAUGGCAUUUCUGCCGGAUCAGAGAUCACGGCGACAUCUUGUGCUACCCACGCGUGUGGACGUGGAUUUCCGUGCUGCGUGCUUUUGUCAUCGUCGUGUUGUGGAUGUUGGCUUUGUGUGCUCAAUUUGCCUUAGUAUCUUCUGUGAACCACCGCCUGAGAAUGAAUGCUUGACUUGUGGAACGCAUUUGGACGUUGGGGAUCACAAUGCAAAGCCUGCCUUGUUACCAAGGAGGAAAAAGAAGAAGAAGAAGGCCAAUGGGGCGUCUGGGGCUGGGACGCCAAUGUCUGUUUCGACACCAGGCUCCUGA